GAAUGUCAGUAUCCACACUGUACACAGUUAGACAAUGACAGGCACGGAGAACAGACCUUGAUUCUAUGUAAUACUGCAGUUACAGAAACCAGUCUUUUUGUUGGCCUGAUUUAAACUCAGAAAAAAUUUACAUUCGUCUUCGAAAAACUUUGGCACAGAAGAAAGAGAAGUCAUGAGGCAAAGGAUUUCUGCAGUGUUUUUCAGCUGUUUACUCCUUGUCCUUAGUUUUAUUGCUUUACGUGCAAGUUUUCAAUAUUUUCCUAAGGUUUCCUUUUUGAAAAACCUACCAGUUUUAAGUCAAGCAUCACUGAGACCCACGGUUUCUCUGGAUAACACACUCAAUUAUGAGGCCAGGCAAGAUGUUCAGACACGCACAUCAUGGAAUGCUCCUAUAAUAUGGGAAGUCAUGUUUGACCCCAAUUUAUAUGACAAGGAACACCUGGAGGCAAAAACAACUGUGGCUCUAACUGUGUUUGCAGUCGGAAGGUACCUGGACGCUUACUUAAACACCUUUUUGACUUCGGCCGAAAAACACUUCAUGGUUGGACUUCCUGUAACCUUCUAUGUGUUUACUGAUCAACCAGAAAAAGUACCAAACAUCACUUUAGCUCCUCUGCGACACCUGAAAGUGAUCAAGGUGGAGAGGUACAGCAGGUGGCAGGACAUCUCAAUGAUGAGGAUGAAGACCAUAUCAGAAAUAAUUGAAAAAGAGCUCCGUCACAACUUCAAUUAUGUCUUUUGUUUGGAUGUAGAUCAGGAAUUUAAGGGGCGCUUCGGCUCUGAGGCUCUCGGGGAGUCUGUGGCUGUGCUGCACGUCUACUAUUACAAACUUCCAAAGACACAGUUCACCUAUGAUAAAAACCCCAAAUCCAAAGCCUACAUGUCAGAAGGAGAUUACUAUUACCAUGCGGCAGUCUUUGGAGGGUCAUGUGAUAAAGUUAAAGCGUUGGCAGAUUAUUGCUAUUUGAACACAAUGGAGGAUAAACUGAACAAUGUUGAAGCUUUGUGGCAUGAUGAGAGUCAUUUAAACAAGUAUUUCUGGCUUAACAAACCCAGCAGAAUACUUUCUUCUGAGUACUGCUUUGACCCACUGAUUCAUUACAAGACUGAAGUCAUAGUCCCUCGUUUAGUAUGGGCACCAAAACAAUAUGCAAAACUUCGCACUUAGGGCAAAUAUUUAGGAAAGGUUGAGGACAAAACCAAAUACCUCAUAUACAGUGAGAGCUGAUGUAUGUUAAACCGGAGCUCUGGAGCCGAUUUUAGAUCUUUUACCCCAUCAUUGUGGCUCUCUGGUUAAAGAAAAGUAAAAGGGGUUUGUAGUCUUAAAAGUAACAUUUUUGGACUACAAGCCACAUUAGUUCAACUCAUUGACAAACAGUUAAAGCAUACAGUAGUACGUAUCACGUCGCCUGGCUCCUGACUACACAAUACCCCAACAAUCCACUAAGCGGUGUGGCUUUCAAGUUUACCAAAGUCAUUCUAAAAACAUUUUGACAGAUUUUGGAGCACCGUAUAUCAAAGAAAAUCAAUUGGCGAUUACUAACCACAGCCAGGAUUCCUACAUAAGGUGCAUAAAAUUAUUUGGUGAUUUUCCUAAGUGUGCCAAAUGGUACGAAAAUACGGUACCUACUUUACUUUCCAAUGACAUUGAAAAUAAAACAUUUAGUAGGUUGCUAAUUAAUGACAUUAGUGACCAUCUUCCAGUUUUCACAGUGUAUGAAGGCAGUUAUAUCAAUUACAGGUUGCAUUUUUAAGUAGGAUGCAGUGGAAUAAAAACAGACACCUCCAUCAAUGCAUUUAAUGCUGGGCUACUUGAAAAUAAUUAAGAUGAAGGAACUGUUGAUGAGGCUUAUAAGUAUGUUUGACUGAUAUUUGGUUUGUUGUAUAAUAAACAUUAUCCAGUUAAAAUUCUUUUAAAAAUAAUAAUUAAGGUACGGAUUACAUACCAUGGGAUGGAUUGUCCAUAGAUUACAAAAGGACUGCAAAAUGCAUGUAAAAAAAAGAAUACCCUUUAUAAAAAUUCCUUAAGAAAGAGAACCAAAGAGGCAGAAAACUCAAUAAAUUGUUAAGGAGAUGGAAAAACUGAAGAUGUGGUUUGAUGUAAAUAAACUUUCACUAAAUUUAAGUUAAACAAAAAUGAGGUUAUUUGGUCAAAAUAAUGGUAAAAAUAUAAACAUUGACAAACAUUGACAUGCACAUAAAUGAGGUGAAACUUGAAAGAACUUGUGAAAAUAAAUUUCUUGGGGUUAUAAUUUAUAAAAGACUGACUUGGAAAGCAGUCGUUUUUAAAAACUAAAUUGCCCAGAAGUAUCUCAGUGUUGAAUAAAUCUGGUUCUGGACAACUAAGCGCUUCACAUGUUAUACUGUACAUUGGUCAUACCAUAUUUUUAUUAAUGUGUAGAGGUUUGGGGGAUUAACUAUAAGACAAUGUUACAUUCACUUUCAAUAUUUCAAAAGAGAGCAAUACGAGUCAUACACAAUGUCAGUUACCUUGAGCACACAAACAAAUGAUUCCUACAAUCAAAAUGUCUAAAAUUUUAUGAUCUAGAAGAGUAUUGUACCGCUCAAAUAAUAUUCAAGGCAGAAAAUAAUUUAUUACCGACGAAUAUCCAAAGGUUAUUUAUUGAAUGAGAGGAAAAACACAAUUAUAGGUAAAACUAUAAAUUUCUCAUAUAAAGCACGUAUAAAUAAAAAAGAUUUUGUCUUUAAAUGUGGAGUGAAGCUGUGGAACAGUACCAGUAAAUGCUUAAAACAAUGUCCAAACAAAAGAGUUUAAUUAUAAAUACAGAAAUCUUUAUAAAUAUGUAUAAAAUACAAAACAUAAACAUUUGUAAAUUUGAAUGCUUAUAAAAUGACACUGUGUUAUUCAUUUGGGUGUUUUUGGAAAUGAGAAUUACAUGUGCAGCUGUAACCAAAUAUACUGUAGGCUAGGGAACUGGACUUUGAUGGUGGGAGUGCUGUUUUUAGGAAAGUAAUGAGUUAAGGUAAAAGGGGUGAGAGUUUAAAAGAUUUUUCUCCGCACUCCCUUUUGGACUUUUGUUGUUUGUACAAUUUUGUCUUGUUUUAUAUAUUUUUUCUUGUUUUAUAUCAUUUUGUCUUGUCUUAUUUUGUUAUUAUACAUUUGGUUUUCACUUGUCCUUAAUACAUUACAUAUUGUUGAACUUAAACUAGUUGACUUUUUAUCAUACUAUGGUUAUCUGAAUAAUUGUUCGCAUGUUGCACUAAUGUACUAGAAUCCUCCAAUGUUUCGUGAAGCUAAACCAGCAUCAAUAUUCAGACUAUUAUUGUUAUCUAAUCCAUUAUUAUGAUUUGCCUUUCAGGAUGAAAUGUCUAUUCUCAGUCUCAAAUUUUGUUCAAUAAAUUUCUCCCAACAGUGCGACUUGCACUAUAGUGCGA